AUCAACACUUUCUAUGAGAUGGAUCCGCGAGAUUUGGAUCUUGGCAACUCUUUUAUAGUGUCUUCUUUUAUUUACUUCUUUCACUCCCUUUGAUACUCUUUUACCUUUACAUGAUAUAUACAUCCCAUAUUUUAGAGUGUUUUCAGCCAUCAUUUUUUUUUAUUGUUCUUUUAAUUUCAAGGAACCCAUAAAUGCUAUUCUGUGAUCUUUAUUAACUUAUCAUUUUUUCCAGGAUCUCAAGUCUGGAGCGGGAAGAGUCAGAGUCAGAGUCAGAGUAGAAAAGAGGACUUCUUUCUCUCAUUCAAGUCAGUCGUUUCUAGGAGCAGGAAGAGUUAAUCCUUCAAGGAUGUUGAUCUUUCUUUAGUCAAAUAUAUACCAUGAACUGCCUUUUUUAUUAGCUGUAACCAAUCAAGUCCUCUGAAACACACUAGAAUUGGAGGUAGGUCAGGAACCUGCAAUGGAGAUAGGACCAAAACAGAUAUUAAUGGGAGCUUAUCUUCUGAGAGCUGCAAGGUCAGGAGAUAUUGAAACCUUGACAUCUCUCCUUUCUCCAAGGAAUCAUUUCAACAUAGACAUUCAAACGUCACACCAGUCCUCCACUCUUGUACCUCCUCCUCAAACCAAGACCAUCUACGGGGUCACUGCUGGAGGAAACACUCUGCUCCAUGUAGCCGCCCAGCACGGGCAGCUGCGCAUCAUCGAGGAGAUUUGCCGUAGAGAAUUAUCCCUUGUAUUUGCCAAAAACACAAGGCUUGAUUCACCUCUGCACUUGGCAGCAAGAUCCGGUAACCAGAAAGCAGCAGAAGUUAUAAUCAAGCAUGUGAGGGAGAGCAGUGAAUUGAAACUUCUACUCAGGGCUAAGAAUCUGAAUGGUGACACUGCGCUGCAUGAGGCUGCUCGCUUUGGCAAUCACCACAUGGUUAAAAGUUUCAUUGCUCUUGAUGUUGAAUUGUCUUUGAUUGUUAAUAACUCCGGUAUGUCUCCGCUCUAUUUAGCCGUCAUGCGAAACUCACAGGUGAUGGUGGAAGCUUUGCUGAAUCCUUCUUCUUCUUAUGCUGGUCCUAAUGGGCAAACAGCCUUACAUGCUGCUCGAUCUCAAGAAAUAGCAAGAAUGUUGCUGGCAUGGAAGCCGGAGAUUGGUAGGGUAGCAGACGAGUCUGGUAGCUUACCCCUUCACUAUUUAGCUGCUAAUGGUGAUGCAAGAAUGGUAGGGAUUCUUUUAGAGCAUGAUGAUUCUACAAGCUACAUAGCUGACCAGAAGGGCUUGUUUUCUGUUCAUAUAGCUGCAAGCAUGAACAGAGCUCAAGUGAUUACAGAGAUGCUCAAACAUUGUCCAGACUCUGAUGAGCUUGUUGAUGGAAAAGGAAGGAGUUUUCUUCAUGUUGCUGUAAUGAAUCACAGUCAACAGGUUGUAAGGUAUGUCCUUCAGGUUCCAAUCCUGGAGAAGUUGUUAAACUAUCAGGACUCUGAAGGGAAUACUCCACUGCAUCUUGCUUGCACUCUGGGGGCCAAAGACACUGUGUUUGACCUUGUCAAGGAUGGCAGAGUUGAUUCUGGAGUGAUGAACAAUGAAGGAUGCACACCUCUUGAUUUGUCUUUUUACUUAUAUAAUCCAAUUGCUCUAUGGCAAUUUCAAGAGAGCUCCCCGUCCCUUAUUUUCAGAUGCUUGUUGGACACUGGAGCUAUAUUCAGUCCCAACAGAUCUGAUCUUCAGAAAAGAAAUGUUCAUGAUCUGGAAAAUGAAACAACAAUGAUAUCAUUGUCAAAAACUUUGGCAAUACUGUCAAUAUUAAUCGCCACAGUUACAUUCACGGCUGGUUUCACAGUGCCCGGAGGUUACAGUAGUGGCAGCAGCAGCAAUGACAAUAUUCAAGAAGGCACGGCCAUUCUAUCAAACAAGUUUUGCUUCAAAGUAUUUCUAAUCUCCAAUACAUUGGCAAUGGUCUGUUCUCUCACUGCCACUUGCAGUUUGGUUCAUGCUGGAGGGCCUCUGCUUGAUUUUAAAGUAAGAGAAAGCCAUCUUUCUUGGUCUACGAGCAUACUUUGGUUGGCAUUUAUGGGUAUGUACGUGGCUUUUGGAAUGGCUUUAAUGACUGUUGUUUCUCCUCAAGAGAGGGUGAUAGAGAUUGUGGUAUGUGCCAUUACUUUUGGGCCUGUUUUUUACUUGGUGUUCGUUGCUGCUUGGUCAGGGGUGAAUUUGCUGCGAGUCACUGGGUUUAUGAAUGGGGUGUUGAGAAGUAGCCAAGAUCCUCAUACCGUGCUGCGGCUGAGAGAACACUUGUUAUUGAACAGUUCCAGUUCACUCAUGAUUCGUGCUGUUUCCUGGGUUGUACUUGCUUAUGCAGUCAUCUUUGGACUAGCCUUGUUUUAA